CAUUUCUGUCCCGUUUUGGUGCAAUCAAAACGUCGUUUCGUGGCGAGGUAUACCAGAUGCAUACUGCCAGAGUCCCAGUGGUAGUGUACCAGUAGAGUAGUAGUAGCAGAAUUGUGGAGUAGUUCAAACGUUUGAUUGCUACCUAUCAUCUCUAUGAAAUCUAUCUAUCAUCUUAAUCUAUAUUUACACACGCAAAUCCUGGGCUGUCUCUGAAGAUGUCGAACACCCUGGCGACUGGUGGGGGUGACGCGCCGCCGCCUCAGCCGGCGACAUCCGCGGCUCCCAACUGCGGUGAGUUCCUUCUCCAGUUGCUCCAGAAACCCCCCAGUCGUCCUUCAGGCGCUCCUCCAUCAGCGCAUGCGCCUACGCUUCAUAGUCUGACUCAUGAUCCGGCAGUUGCCAGAGUGGGACCCUCUGUCCCGCUACCGCCAUCCUACCAGAAUCCUUCCAACGGUCUCGAUCUCCCUUUCUCUUCUUCUUGGCAGCACUCUUCACCUCCAUCUGGUACGCCCUUCUUUGCCCCUCACGAUUUCUUCGCCCGAGGGUUUCCCCAAAACCCUAAUCCCAAUUUCUCCACAAGCCCGGGUGGCUUCAAUCUUGCCCCGCAGCACAGUCCCCAACUAGGUUACCGCUCGGCCGUAGAAGAUGCCCACAAAGUCCACUUCUCUGGGUCGAGCUCCAGGCCUCGUUCUUCUAGUGUGAUGGAUCAAAAUCUCGUUUUUGGGUCUUUGCGCAUGGGGAUGCUGGAUAAUGAGGGCCCAAAUCUGAAAGAAACGGUAACUAGAGACUCUGAAAUUAGGAGCUUUAUUCACAACGGGAGAGAAACUACUAGUAGACAUGCUGGUAGGUCGACUGGUUUAGAGACUCAGUUUAACAAAUAUGCUCUACCCGGAUACCAACAAGAAAGUUCGGGUGGUUAUGCUAGGGAAGGGGACUGGAGAGAGAAUAAUAGAGUUCAAGUACCUCCUAUGGGAAAUCCUAACAUUUUUAGGAAUGGAGGAAAAGCUGGACAUGGUAAUGAGAUGAGAUAUUUUGAGCAUGGUAUGGAUAAGGGGAAGGGCCAGCGUAAUGUGAUGAAUCAAAGGCUUAUUAGUCACCUUGAUCAGGCUGGUCCAUCACCAGGAAUCAAAAUGCCCUCUGUUUCAUCUUCUGGUUUUGAGAGGUUACACAGUGGUGAUGGUCCAAGCAGGGGAGAAUCCAGAAAUAGGGUUAAGGGUGAGAUAAGGACAGUUCAGGAUGAAAGCCAGAGUUUAGCAGAUCUGCAAGAACAACUUAUAAGUUCUCUUGGAAUUGAAGAUGGAUCAGAUGAGAGAGCAGAUAAGAAUAAGCGAUAUGGAUCCCGUGAAAAGGAAAAUAAUAGAUCUGAUAAUAGAGGGAAAUGGCUACUUGGCCACCAGAAGAGAAUAAUGAAGAGUCUAAUUGAAUGCCGUAGUGAUAUAUGCUCGUAUGAUGCCCCAUUUCUCGAUAUUUAUCAGUCAUUGAUCCCGUCUGAGGAAGAAAAAGCAAAGCAAGAGCAGUUAAUGACACUGCUGAAAAAAAUUGUUGCUAAAGAAUGGCCUGAUGCUCGGCUCCAUCCUUAUGGAUCAUGCUCCAAUUCAUUUGGGUUUUCAAAAAGUGACAUUGAUAUUUGCCUUGCAAUUGGUGACAAUGGUAUUAACAAAUCAGACAUCAUACUGAGGUUGGCUGAGCUAUUGGAAGAUGAAAAGCUCCAGAAUGUGCAGGCAUUGGUACAUGCCAGGGUGCCCAUUGUUAAACUCAUGGAUCCCGAAACUGGUAUAUCUUGUGACAUUUGUGUGAACAAUUUGCUGGCUGUUGAGAAUACAAAGCUUCUUCGGGACUAUGCACAGAUUGAUGCAAGAUUAAGGCAAAUAGCUUUUAUUGUUAAACACUGGGCUAAAACACGAGGAGUGAAUGAGACUUAUCGUGGGACGCUGUCAAGCUAUGCGUAUGUUUUGAUGUGCAUUCAUUUGUUGCAGCAGCGGAGGCCUGCCAUCCUCCCUUGCCUACAGGGAAUGAAAGUAACAUACUACAAUAAUGUUGAUGAUGUCGAAUGUGCUUAUUUUGAUAAAGUGGAUGACCUUCUAAACUUUGGAUCUCGUAACCGAGAAAGUCUUGCUCAUUUAGUAUGGGCAUUCUUCACUUAUUGGGCCUAUUGUCAUGACUAUGCAAAUGAUGUCAUAUCUAUACGCACAGGAAGCAUACUGAGCAAGCGAGCUAAGGAUUGGACAAGAAGGAUUGGGAACGAUCGCCAUUUGAUAUGCAUUGAAGACCCAUUCGAGGUUUCUCAUGAUCUGGGUCGAGUAGUAGACAAGUUCAGCAUAAGAGUUCUAAGAGAGGAGUUUGAACGUGCUGCCGAAAUAAUGCAGCAUGACCCAAAUCCCUGUGCGGCGCUCUUUGAACCCUAUGUUCCAAGUUGAACCAUCUAUCUACUACCUUGGAGUGGACACAGUCCAGUUCUCGUUCCAGGCAGCUGGUUCUGAUCACUCAAAACAUGAGCCUUAACUGGAGCUGGCUAUGCUCGGUUGGUUCUAAUUGAUGGUUUUCGUUCUACGUCAGUUCUAAACGGUGUUUAUUCCGUUACUAAAAAAAUUAAAAUCCCAAAACAGGCCAGUUCCGUGCCCAUGUUUGGGAGUAAUUGGAACCAAAUAUGGGUUUUAAUGGUUCCAAUUCCGGAUCGGAAUUUUGGUUCAGUUUUGAGUAGAAUUGGUCCAGUUUCAGUCCAGAACCUGAACCAUAUGUACCCUACUACUACUACUUCCACUACAUAAAACCAGGAGCAGAAGUGGUCACGUGUGCUGUAAAUGAAUUACCUUGUUUAAUUUUCUGUUGUUGGUCGCAGCAAUGAUUUUUAUGGCUUUUAGUUAUUCUACGUGUUAGUUAAUUUUUAUCCAAGUUCUAUUUAUCCUCAAAAUAGCACUCAGGCUUGGAAAGUUUGAAGGUACAUAAUCUGGAUGUGUAUUUGAUCUGCACUUGAC